UGUAACUGGAAGUGUCUACUUUGAUCACAGAGGUUGUGGAUACUAUAGCAUUUACUUGAUUUCGUAGGAUUAUAAGUGGAUUCUUAAAGCAACUUACUAAUGGAUAAAUCGUAACAGACAGAAUAUUUGACCGAUUGCUGUUGAAAUAUCUCACGGACUUGGGGAUGUGCAUCACAAAUUUUCGAUGAAUUAGUGAAGACUGCGUACGAUUUCGUUGUGAAAGACGGCAGAUGGUUAAAGUGAACGGCAUUAUCAAGCUUGUCCAUGGUGUAACACAAUGCACGGAACAACGUCAGGAGAAGAAGGCGAACAACCAAGUCCCGCUAGUUUGUCUCCCUCCAGCCUACCGCAGCUUGAGGAUGCUAACGCCACGUCAGAGGAGGACUAUGCCUACUACACGGACGGGUCAGAACAACCUAGCGAAGACCCUAUGUACUAUUCCGUCUCUUAUACGUAUCCGGAUACAGAAAACUUCACUUACUUUAACUUGACUGAUCAAUACUUCUUGAACGAUUCGUUUUGCUGUGGGAACGAUUCAUUCAAUGGGACGUUCAACGGAACGGAUUUUAUAAGCCCGCCAAGUCCGUAUUUCGAUUGGGAGAUUGCUUUGAUCUCUAUCACGACUGUUCCGAUCAUUUUCUCCAUCGUUUUUGGGAAUACGUUAGUGUGUAUCGCCAUUGCCACGGACCGAAAUUUAAAGUCUGUCCAAAACUGGUUCAUCGCUUCUUUAGCUAUUUCAGAUUUGUUACUUGGUCUCCUUGUUAUGCCGCUUUCUCUUGCCAACGAAUUAAUGGGUUACUGGAUUUUUGGGAAUAUAUUGUGUGAUCUUUGGCUUGCCGCAGAUGUCUUACUAUGCACCGCUUCCAUUUUAAAUCUCUGCAUGAUUAGCCUCGAUAGGUACUGGUCAAUCACCCAGGCUAUCAACUAUGUUAGAAAACGGACGCCAAAGCGCGCUGCCUUUAUGGUGGCCAUUGUUUGGGCCUCAUCCGCCAUGGUUUGCCUCCCGCCUCUGAUUGGCUGGAAGACAGCACGUGAUACUUCGCGCUACCCACUGUGUUUUAUCAGUGAGGAAAUAGGGUAUGUAGUGUAUUCUUGUAUGGGAUCGUUCUAUAUUCCUCUCAUAGUCAUGGUCGUGGUCUACUUCCGCAUAUACUUGGCAGCAAAAGCCAGGGCACAUCGAAACAUUAAGAAGAAAACAAAACCGCCUGAUACGGAGAAGAAUAACAAGGAAAAAUCAACAACAAGUUUUAGUACGUCUAGCCCGCCAAAAACGGACCAAAAAAUGUCGCCCAAUCUGAGCGUCAUUCAUCAGGAAAAAGAGACGACUAGUUCCGAAAAACAUGAGAAUUUUUCUGAUUCUGAAUAUUCCAAUGCUGAUUAUCCUCAGGAUAAGCUACAGAAGAAUAUAAAAUUUGAUAACGUUGUGAAAUCUUCCGAUGAAAAGUGUAAAUUGUUAUCUGAAGAGACGGAUUCUUCCGUUAAAGUUGGCGCUCAAGAAGUGAUCGCCAACAAGAAUUUAUUCAAAGGGGGGAAAGCUUACAAUUCGGACGAUACUGAUUCAACUUCAGACUUUCCAGUGCCUAAUCUGAGACAAAAUGGAUUCAGAAAAGUGACUAAGGAUAAUAAUGCAGCAUAUUCUGCGGAAGAGAACAAGAGGUUACUCCAGGAUUCUGAUUCGCAGGCCGAUUCUAUGAAAUCUUCCUCAAAACUAGCCCAAUGUCGGCUCCACAAUGACAGUGGCGCCACUCUUCCUGAGUCGGAGACGACGUGUACUACAGACGAGGAUAUGAAAAAUCACAUCGCAGGAGAAUCCGAGAGCAUCAAGGAAACAACCAAACUCAAAAAUCUAUCAACAAUUCUAAAUCCCAACAAAUUGCAAAAAGACAGUAAUAGGGAGUCUCAGAGGCAACUUUCAUAUAAGCGGCAACGAAGCGAUGCGGAAAAACAGAAACGCAGGAUAGCCCGCGCGAAGGAGCGGCGUGCGACCAUAGUGUUGGGCAUAAUAAUGGCGGCAUUCAUAAUCUGUUGGUUCCCAUUUUUUACCUUGUAUGUAAUAGCUACUAUAUUCAGCUUACAUCUCCAGGAGGAGGUUUUCAAAUUCUUCUUCUGGCUUGGCUAUUGUAAUUCUGCACUCAACCCAGUUAUUUACACCAUUUUUAAUCGAGAUUUCAAAAUGGCUUUCCAUAAGAUUUUGUGCAAACCAUUCAACCGCCGGUGAAUCUCCUCUACGAAACAGAAUGACAAUACAUAAGGUAGAAUGGAGUAUUUGUAGCCCCCGGUUUAUUCAUAACCCCUGCAAUUGUUUGAUGCAUGAGAACAUCAAUCGAUAUCAUAGGCAAGGGCUACAAUUAAACCGGGGCUACAAAUACCCCAUUCUACCUUACAACCAGACAACGUCGGCAAUCAGUUUCGAUGAUUACUAUUUAUUUCACUGAACAAGCGUAGCAAAUGACGUGAUUAACACUUUCACUACCAAGUAUAACGAGCGCUGAUAAUAUCAAGCACGUAAAAGGUAUCAUGGCCGCAACGUAAAAAAAACCUCGAACUUAUUAACUAAGGUAACGCUAAGGCAAACAUUACAUGUAUAUUCGUAUCGAUUCUUUCCACGUAUUUUCCAAUCAUUAAAACAAGUUCGUCGGCCUCCUUAGCAGUAAAGCUAAUGCAGAUCCCCGAUAGACGAGUGGUUGGCCGAGCAAGCUAUUUCAUUACAUAAUAAGUUUAAUAUCCCAUCAUGUGUCGCUUCUGUCCACUGCAGUUUGAUCGACGGAUAGUGUUUAAAAAAAUAUCGGGCUAAAUCUUAUCGAUAUUUACGCGGUUUUACACACGUUGAUAGUACAAAUUUUGAACUUACUUCGAGCAUUAAAAUACGCGUAUUUGUGCUUUCUUGCGCAAGACUAUGUUUAUGUCGGCUCAGUUCGUCUAAGGAGCUACGCGUUGAUCAAGUUGCGCCUGACAAGACGGAGAAGGUACUGACAUGACAGACAUGGGAUGAUCAACGGGUGCGUUGCUUGAUCGGGCUACGAUUAGCCACGACUGAAUCUUAACCUUACUGCCAUCAACUGAUGAAAAUCGCUGCCCCUGGGUCGGUACUAAUGAGUUUCUCUUUUUGGAUGUCUUAAAGCACGUCUGAAGAUCGAUUAUUCAUGUCAAAGCCCCCCUGGUCUGUAUCUUCACAUCGCGUAUGAUUAAGCCUGAACACCAGCAGGGAAAUCGGUGCGAGAUGAUGCUCUGCAUAUAUUAUUUGCUGCUCAGUCUUUGUAUUAUCUGUCGUUUGAAUAUUCAUUGCGAGGAAUUGCAGAACAUUUGCGUAAAAUUUCUGAAACCAUUCUUUUAACUACAAUUGUGUCGAAAGCAAUGUGGGGAUCCGCUUUCCGAAGUAUACAAUUCGACGAGCAAACAUGUUGGAAAAAAUCUCAAAGGUCAACAUUAUGUUAACAGUUCUUGGUCAGUUCCUGCCCUUGUCUAAUUCCGAUUUUGUCUAUCUUGAUACGCUUAGUGUGCAGUCUCAACGCUUGGCUUAUACUGUUGUCUGACCAUUUCUUACACUCAAGCUAGCCUUCUGUCUAAUCACAAGGUUUACUACAUUUACAUGUAAGGUAAAUAUUUAAUUCGUUUCCUUCUGCAAUCCGAGAAAGAAAGCGCCCGCUUUAUAGGUAAGCAAACUACCUCGGGGAUUUUAGACAGAAAGUUAAUUGCAAAAUAGAUACCAGCUUUAACAUAAGUAGGAGAGAAACUCGUAACUUCUAUAUUUAUCUGAGUGAGUAUCAAUCGCUCUGCUGCUGUCUGGUGUGUGUCGCGUGUCUGAAUAUUGUAUGAAUGUCAGAAUGUUGAAGGUGAUUGAUACGAAAAUAAUGAUAUCCAAUUUUUCGUGGCGACAUUUCCGUCCACAUUAGCCGUCGACGUACAUCGUUUUGAAGAAAAUAACCACAGUUGACAUUAAAUCUUCAAAUAAAACAGGCUAUCAUAAUCAUAGAAAGCACGCAAUAUUCUCGUUUCGUUAUCUUUUUCCACGCCACAAUGGCCAGGCUGCAAACUAAGUGUGUGUUUUUCUCGAACUCUCCUUUUAAGUCAAAUGAACAUGGCUUAUGGGAUGACAAAAAAAACGUCGGGGAUUUAGUCAACUUGAUAACAUUGUGAUGGACUAAUUCUGUCAGAAUAUCGUGCAAAAUGCAAUGUAAAAAUUGAAUGAAUCGGGCAUUGGUUGUCCGCCAUCACGAAAUAGACUUUCCGAACUUUAGUUCACGGAUGGCAUUACUAAGUUUUGUUACAUGUAAAACAAUGUAAAACAUGU